AUGUCUGAUGCUCUGUAUGGCUCUUGUGCAGAGGUUCUAUCACUAUGUCAGUCCAUGAAAGAUGACCUAGCAGCAAUCCUCGAUCCAGAAACGGGUUUUGCGCCUCGUCUUCGCCAAUUAUGUCGGGAUCAAAUUACCGACUUGGAAGACUCCCGAGCGUCGCAGAGUGAAAUCGAGCUCCUUCGCAUGGAACAAAAUACAUGGGGACUACUCCAAGCCGUGAUGCCGGCCCGAAAAACAGACCCACCCUCCGUCCCAUCCGCACGAGACCUGCUCUACGAAAAUCCAUAUACUCCCACAUCAACACUUGCGCAAGCCAUCAUGAACUCAUCCCCUCUCCUCUCGGAACUCAUCGUUAUCCGAGAAUGGCUGCAUGAAACCGCUCCAGCGCCCAUGCACCCAGAAGCGAACACCGGUUAUUGGAAGUUCACAAAACAUAGUGUUAUUCAAUCAAUACGGAUGGGAAACGCACACCGUGAUGGGCUUGUGAAGGAGAUGGAUCCGGACGCGCCGAAUCGCGAGGAAGGGCGGUCCCUCGCGUCUGAUGAUGCCAGCUAUGAGAGAAAUCUGCUGCAAGCCCUAUAUGGAUAUAUCCGGGGAGGGAGGUUCGAUGAUGCAGUGGAGCUGUGUAGGAAAGCCCACCAACCGUGGAGGGCUGCCAGCAUACGUGGCUCAUUUCUGUUUCAGUGGAGGGCAUUAUCUGCAGAACCGCGCGACGAGGACUCGAUGGAAGACGAAGAUGACAUGGACAUUUGGUCAGGCAAUCAAAACCGCCAUCUCUGGAAAACCGCAUGUACCAGAGCUGCUCUCAGCCCCGCUCUCUCUGAUCAAGAACGGAUACUAUAUGCAGCCCUAGCACCUUCACCACAAACCUCAAACGUACUCAAACUGGCCUGUAGAACAUGGGAAGACCAUCUUUGGGCGCAAGUCAGCAUAAUGUGUGAGGAGAAGGAGAGCCAGGAACUGAGUAGGCUUGGGGGUAGUUUCUGGGAGGGUGGCGUAGAGGCUGUAGACAAGGGCGUUAACGACGAGCUUGAUGAUGCUGAAGAAGAAGAGUGGAAGAAGGAAGCUAUAAGCAGCUUGGACAGUCUAAAGAGUAUAGCUGUUCUUGAAGGGCCACCUGCAGAUCACGCUUUCCACUUUUCGCAGCUUUUGAUCAUCCUCAAUCGGACGAACACGCUGUUGGACUCCUUUGCUGUUGGCCUGAAAGAUGGUUCUUACACCCAGUCAUCGUUCGAGUACGCGUCGAUGUGCCGCUUCUUUGCCCACUUCUGCCUCUUCCUCCAAAUGAUCGAUAUCCCCGUACCCCCUCUGGCAACUCAAGUUAUCCUCGAAUCAUAUCUUCAAGUUUUGGAGGACGCAGGACAACGAGAUCUAAUCGCAAUGUACGCAAGUGCCCUAGGAGAAAACGCCAUCGAGCGAUACGCCUUAUUCCUCGUUUCCCUUGCCCUCACCGCGGACAUCAACGAACGCCGGCUGGCACUUACACGAGCGAGGGAUCAUGGGCUUGACCCUGCACGCGUGGCAGUGGUCACUGCAGAGCGAACGAUCGAGCAGGCGUUUGACGUUCUACCAGUACUGGAAGGACCAUUACCAUCCAUUAUCGCACUGCAACAACCGCCAACGGAUGCUGAACUGUUCCUGCUUCGGUCUAUUGAGUGGACGAUAUUCCAGGAUACGACGUAUAACACCGCACUUGAGCAAGCUAACGUUAUUCUGCGGUAUUUCCUUGGCACCGGUCGUGUACAAGCUGCACAAAGCCUUUUAGACGUCCUACCCCCCGAACUCGCGGGAAUCUCGGAACCAGAGGAGAGAGCGACGGAAUACCUACACUAUCGCCAGUUCUUCGUCAUUUGGGAAACGGUGGAACGUGUGGUGGAUUGUCAGUCUCAGCAUGUGCCCGGGAUGAACAAGGAUGCAAAGGCAACUUGGUUGGAUGAUUAUCGGAGUCUGAUUGAUCAAGCUCACGACCAAAUUACGAGACUUUUGACUACGGAGUGGUUGGUUUCUGAUGUUGAGAAUCCGGGCGAUGAGCUCGAUGAAAGACGAAAAGAUCUCAUUCGGAUCCGUCAGAUAUAUAUACCCGAACUUAUUAUCCGCCUUCAUUUCCUAUUGUUCGACUCACGGCACUUUAUACCAGAAAACCUCAAACGCGCAUUACAGCUCGCGAACAUCGUGGCAGACUCGCGGUAUCAACUGUACGAGGACUUUGUGAAUGAGGAUGGGAAGAGGUUGGGGGAUUACCUUGGUGCUGUUAGGGAAGCGAUCCUUGGUGGGUUGGAGGGUGGGGGGUCGGAUCCUUUCAGAGUGAUAGCGUCUGCGUGA